CUCGCCCUGAGGGAGAUGUCACGAGACUCAAAACAUGGCGUUUGUUGACAACAUGAUUAUGGCUGCUUACUGGCUGAUGACGUUACACUGACACCCAUGAAGCUUUCACUCAAUUAAUUUUUAUAGCAGAUAACAUUUACUUCUUCAAGCUCCUUGGGUCCCUAACCGUAGAUGGCAUUCACAAUUGUGGAAAAUCUCCGAGGCUUCUUCAAUAGUCGUCCUCCUCUGGUGGUCUUUAUGUUAUGCUUAGCAUCGUUUGCCAUUGCUCUCAUCACCUUUGCCUAUAUUGUCAAAGCAAAAGAUAUACCUGAUCCAGAUGUUUCUGUGGACUGGAACACAUUUCUCGAGAAGUUUUCUCACCUGCAGUUCUGUCUGCCACAGAAUAGUUCAUUCUCACAGAACAGCAGCGCAGUGCCCAAACUAGGACUGGGGGAAAAGAAUACUGCUGAGGUUUUUCAGAGCAUUCAUGAGAAGCUGGGUCAAAGCCUCAUUGGGGGCUCCAACUCUGAGUCAGAUGACUCGGGGAAUGAAGACCCUGAAGUGACUCCUAGCUCAGAGACAUUUAAUGGAAUCAGCAAGAGGGCAGCAUCCACUGGGUUGUCAUUGUCAGCCGACAACAGAGUGGAAGCUCAUGCUCCGAGUGCCUCUGCCUCCUCUUCGAGGAAACAUCUAGAAAAUGCUACUGUGAGCCUAGACUUCGUAUUCAUUCCCACAAAAGAUGCAAAAGCAGCGCCACAUCUGGGCUUUGGCCAGUUUAUGGCAAUGGUGACAGCUCACAUGCUCAAGCUGGAUGCGUCGUUCAAGGUCAAAGGAGAUGAACAGAUGUCAGUGUUCCUGAGUUUCCCGCACAACCUGACCCGGAGCAUGUGUGAGGAGGAGGAGGGUGGUCGCUGCCGGCAAUAUCGUGUGCCAGCCUGCAUAACAUUCCAGAGUCCUGCUCGCCUGCUUCCUCGUACACAAAAACCCAGCCGAGAGGCCUGCCCAAGUCAUUCAGAUCGCAUUUUUGACAGAGCCGUCCGCAACGCUCGUGCUGGGACCCUGACGGAGACCACCAGUCGGGACUGGUGUAUUCAUGGCUCGCGCUUGGUACCUCAGUUUUCUCUGGAUGAUUCACUCACUGUGCUUUUGUCAAUGCAUGACAAGUCCGUUAUAAACCUUCACCUCAUGAGGACAAGCUACUUCCUGUUUGUCAUGGUGGUAACGAUGUUCUGCUAUGCCCUCAUCAAAGGCAGACCUUCCAAGGUCAAGGCUGUGCACAUAGCCUAUGACAAAAUCUCUUCACAAGCCUGAGCAAAUGCUUCAGCUUCUCAGAAAGGAAGAGAAAAAAGAGGUGCUCAGUCUCUUCUGCUCAACACCUGCUCUGUCUAAUGAAGAGAGAUUUCAGCUGAUCUCUCUCAUGUUAUAAACUCAGAACUGUGGUGCUGUCAAUUCGCGUCCUUAGAAUGGCAAGUUUUUGACUCCAUGAUGCAUAGUGUUGAGCAAAUGGGAUUCAGAGUCAGAUCUUCUUUGGCUAAUAUGUUUUUACACCUUAUUUGUUAAGUGUCAAAUUGAGAAAAAAAAAUACUGGUCAGAUUGUCUGAGCCUUUGACACAGAGUUCAGAGCAUCAGUGUCAGUCUUGUGUAGUGUGUUACUCAUCACAAAAAGUGGAGUUAGAACCCUUUCAUUCUAAGAGUAUGAGUUGGGUUCAGUAAAUGAUUACACCUGAAUGGUUAAAGGUGAACAAUGCACUUUGUUGUUUGAUGAAGGGCUAAGCAAUGAAAAUCCCCAUUUGACAACAAAAGAUAGACUGUAACUUCUACAGUAUUGGGAAAGGGGAAAUAAUCUGUGCCCAUUUUUCAGUCUUUGUAUGUUCUUCUUCAUGCAGCAAAGUUAACUGUUCCUUAUUCACUACAGGGUUGUUUUUGUGUACUGCCCUUUACAUGAUGGAAGCUACUACUAAGUGUUCUGAGCUGAAGCGCUGCAUCUUUUUAUUUUGUGAGAUUUGUUGUUGGGGUUUUUAGAUAUGAAAAAAUCUUUUGUUUGAUGUUUGAUUGUAGUUGGAGAGCAAUACGUCUUACGUAAAGAGUUUAAGGUUUUCUCAAAUUUUGUGUAGUCCUGUCAUGUUAUCAUCUUUUAGCCGGAGUGUUUCAAGUGGUCAACUGACAAAAUAAGUAAAGUUAGGUGUUCACCUCUCCUAAAGAAACAUUUCUAAAUGUUUGAGCUGCCAUUUAAAAUUGGCAUUUAUCAUGAAGACAUCGGGUACUCAAAAGUUCAGUAAAGACAAGUUUGUAUGUAAACAUUUCAUUUUGUAUUACGUGAACCUUGUCAGAGAGGAUUGAAGGUACACUUUUUUUUUUAAAAUCUCAUAGCAGCACUAUUUAUUGUGGUUUAUGUGAUCUGUCAUGCAGUUUGACUCAAACAAGUUUCUUUUUAACUUCAGACCUUCUCUUGCACUUUGAUCACCUGGGAUGUGGUGACCCACGGGUGUAGGGCAUGGAUAUACAGGCAGCCACAUAUCUUGAACUUCAGUACAGUUGAACUUAUCCUAUACUAAUGUUGCCUAUUGUUAAGGAGAAAAGUGGUCAUCUGGAAUAGGUGGUCCUCUUACUCUUAGUCAGUGUCGUUAUAAUACGGAAAAAAACACAAGGGGAGGAAAUGGAAAGAGGUAAUUUGUACAGGUGAUUUUUUUGGGCAGGUGGUCGUUAGAGCAGGUUAGGUUGUACUGUUCCUUGUUGUAUUAAGGAUGGAGGCCAACCUUUGCGGUGUAGGAUUAACAUGCAAAAAUUCUGUGUGUGAGUUCGAGUGCUGUUGAGAGUCUACCUGUCUAUGUUGAAAAUGUGUUUGCUGACUUUGUUCUCUGUUAGGGGCCAAGUGUUCCUAUGACUUGUCAUAUGUCUAGUAAACUUCAAGUAGCUCUUUCAGUAGCUUUGAGGGAUUUUCUUUUUAGAUAGUUUUAUUGUCUUACAUUGAUUUUUUUAAAAAUGAUGUCUUAUCCGAUUUCUUUGGGAGUGGCCUUUAAUUUGUUGCAAGCCUUUGGCCAUCAUACUAUGUCUUUUCUUGCAUCAAGAGAAAACUGGGAUGGGUUGAGUUGAAAAGGUUAAAAAA